UCAAGUGUAUUUAAUAUUAAUACUUUUAUAUCUUCCUUUUUCUUCUCUCUAUAAAUAUAUAUAAAGCCUCAUAUAGUUUGUCACAACACACACCCACUUUAUUACUUUACUACUAUUUUCACUUAUAUUCUAAAUCUCAUAUCUCUCAAACUCAACCAAAAAAAAAACCCUUUUGAGGUCAUCAUUCAUGGCAGCUUUUUCAUCAUCAUCAAUCCUUCUUGACUCUGUUUAUUUGCCCAUUAUUAAUAAUCACAACAUGUUCAUGACCAAUAAGAACAUGUGUAGUGAAUUAAUAAUGGAUCAUAAUAAUAAUAAUAAUAAUCAUUUCUACUCAUCAUCAUCAUCAUCUGAUCAUCAUAAUCAUAAUCAUAAUCCUGAUCAUGAUGAUGAUGAGCCUAAUUCAUCAGUGACCUGUAAAAAACAGAGCAAUACUACUGAAAGUAGUAUUAGUGGUGAGCAAGUCACACAAAAAAUUCUCCCAAACAAGAGAAAAAUCAGAAAUAAUAAUAAUGCUUCAUUCUCAAAUUCCACUACUCAUUCCAAGGAUAAUAAUAAUAAUAAUAAUAAUGAUCAUGGAAGAAGUGGUACUAGAGGAAAAAGGCAGAAAAAUUGCAGUGGUGAUUCUGGGAAAUUAUUAGGAAAAAAAGAAGAAAAUUCUAAUAAUAAUAAUAAUAAUAAGAAGAAAAAAUGUGAAGAGCAAGAAACUCCUCCAAGUGGCUACAUUCAUGUUAGAGCAAGGAGGGGCCAAGCAACUGAUAGCCACAGCCUUGCAGAAAGGGUAAGAAGAGAGAAAAUUAGUGAGAGGAUGAAGAUGUUGCAAAAGCUUGUUCCUGGCUGUGAAAAGGUAACUGGAAAGGCCCUUAUGUUGGAUGAAAUUAUCAAUUAUGUUCAGUCCCUACAGAAUCAAGUAGAGUUCCUUUCAAUGAAACUUGCUUCUUUAAAUCCCAUGUUCUAUGAUUUUGGAAUGGACCUCGAAACAUUUCUGGUCAGACCAGAGGGAUUGAACAGCAAUAAUAAUAAUAACAAUAUGGGUUCAGAGAUUCCUUCUGUGCCUCCACCACCAUGCAACCAAUCACAACUCACAGCCUUUUCAUUAUCUGAUAACAUCACCGCCACAACCACCAACUUUCCCAUCACAGCCAAUAAUAACUAUCCUCUUAUUAUGGAUUACAACAACCUUCAACAAGCCCAUCACAGGCCCACUAAUACUUUCAUCAAUUCUCAUGACAAUAUUGGGACAGUCUUGUGGGAUAUGGAAGAUCAAAGACAAAGCUUUCUUAAUCCAUCUGAGUUCAACAACCUGUGUUCCUUCAAUUAAUUAUAUAUAUAUAAUUAAUAAUAAUAAUACAAGCUUAAUAUAUAUAGUUAAUUGAAAUAUAUAUUAAUAAGGUGAGAGAUAUAUAUUCCAUGAUGAAGGGAGAGGCAAUACUAUAUAGUGGAGCAUCAUGAAUAAAUUAAAGGGCAAGAUAUAUAAUGAAUGAAGCUGAGAAAAAAAGCAUCAUGAUGAAUAUGGAUUUUAUAUAUAUAUAUAUAUUGAUCGAUGGUGAUGAAAAAUUGAGAUGAAGAACAUAAAGGACAGAUAUAAUUAACCGACCAAAUAAGACCAAAGAUCUUUUUUAGAUCCUUUGUUCUUGUCUAUCUUGGCUACUACUACUACUCUCUCUCAAGUCUUAGCAAUGCACAAAUUCCAAGACAAUAUAUCUCUCCCCUAUAUAUAUAUGUAUAUUUAUUUAUUUAUUUAUUUAGAAGUAGGAUUGUUAAUAAUAAAUUCCCAUAUAUAUUAUUCUUGUAUAUGGUCACAAA